AUGGCAACUUCCCAUCUUCGAAGAGGUACACCGGAGAUAGAAAAACAUAUGAAGCUUGCCAAAUGCGACAUUGAUGCUCUAACGAAAUCGGGAACUAACGAUAGUCGCCUGGACGAGGAGAUCGCAACAGCACCGUUGUUCUCACUCGCUGCCUCCGAGGUUCUCAACAACGAGCGCCAAGGCAAUGGAAUCUCGACAAAGGACGAAGUCUAUCCACAGUAUGGGCUUCUAGGACUGCGAAAUCGGUCUGCCGACGACACCCCGAGUGAAGACGACCUGGUCUACACAAAUGUGUCUGCGCCAUGGUCAACCUUCAUCUGCGGCAGUCAAGGCAGUGGCAAAAGUCAUACCCUUUCUUGCAUCCUGGAAGGCUCGUUGAUUAAGCCGUCUCCUGCCGGGAGACUCUCGUCACCUCUUGCUGGACUUGUCGUCCACUACGACAAAUUUACGGCAUUUUCUAGCACACAACUGUGCGAGGCAGCGUACUUGCAUUCCUCAAAUAUCCCGGUUAGGGUCCUUGUUUCGCCCACGAACUACCUCGCCAUGAAAGAUGCCUACACCAAGCUGGCAGGUGGUUCCAAAAUGCUCACGGUGCAACCUUUGUAUCUUCCACAGAAGGACCUAAAUAUCGGCAUGAUGAAGACGCUGAUGGGCAUCGACAACAAAGCAGACCAGCCGCUUUACAUUGAGGUCGUGAUGAAGAUACUCCGUGACAUGGCCAUCCAGAACCAGGGUCGAGCAAGCUUCAAUUACCCUGCAUUCAGACUCAUCUUGGAAAAGGAGAAUUUCUUGAAAGGCCAACUCAUACCACUUCAUAUGCGAUUGGAUGUUCUGGAGUCUUUCUUUGAGCCAGGAUCUGUACCUGGCUCUAGUCACUCCAAGUCAAAAGGGCAUAACACUCAGGACAUUUGGAAGUUCUCACCAGGGUCUCUCACCAUCAUCGAUCUGAGCUGCCCAUUUGUGGGCCCGGAGGAUGCUUGCGCGCUGUUCAAUAUCUCCCUGUCGCUGUUUUUGAAGGACAGACAGGAUGCUGGCCGCAUCAUUGCACUGGACGAAGCACACAAGUUCAUGACUUCAACUUCACCCGAAGCUAUCGAUCUGACGGAGACACUACUGUCCAUCGUUCGCCAACAGCGCCACCUAGCCGCCCGAGUCGUGAUCGCGACGCAGGAGCCAACUCUUGCACCGUCACUCCUAGAGCUUUGCAAUGUGACAAUCAUUCAUCGCUUUUCAUCGCCAGCUUGGUUCAAAGCAAUCAAGUCACAUGUUGCGGGAGCUGGAGUGGAGGAGGUUCCUGCCAAGAACAAGGCAGCAUCAGAAAUCUUCCACAAAAUUGUUCGUCUGCCAACUGGGGAGGCGUUGGUCUUUUGUCCGACCGCGCUUUUGGGUCUUGAGAAGCGCGAUGGUUCUUCGACUGAUUCUUCAACUGUUUCACCAUCCAGUGAUUGGGGCACCCCAUCUAGCCUGGACUCAUCGGAGAGAACUGAUCUUGAUAGUCAAAAUGAGGCUAAUGGGCGCGUUGUUCAGCUCGGAACUGCCUAUGCCCACAUUCGAGUUCGUGAUAGAGUUACUGUUGAUGGCGGCCGCAGCAUCCUUGAGCGCUAG